GAUUCCAUUUUCCCAUUUGUUCUUCUACUUCGCCUCUCCCCCCCCCCCCCUCGAACCCAUAUCGUCAUUUUCAGCUCCUAUAAAUGCCGAUGUCUGCAGCGACCCCUUAAUGUGAAACCCCCUUUUUCUUGAUUCUUCUUUGUAUUUGAGCUGAUUGUUGUUGUUUUCUGCUUUUUUGCUGAAAUUGAAACGAGGGUAUACGGUAAUUUCGAGAUGUUUGACCUUAAUCUUUGUUUCGAGGAAGAUGCUAUGGAAACUGUUGCGACGUCGGGGAAGCUGAAGGAACUGUCAUUUGGGCAAAUUGAGAAUUCCGGUACAUCGAAUUCAUCUAUUGUGAACGUGGAAACAUCCAGUACUGCCGGCGAUGAUGAGCUCAUUUCGUGUUCCGAUCAGCGCACUGAUGGGUACGCAUUUGAGAUUCUCAGAGCUGACUAUGAAGGGAAUGGGUUUGUGACUAAGGAGUUGUUUCCGUUAACCGGUGGAGAAUCGGCAGCGCCGCUGUCGCAGCAGCAGCAGUGGUUGGAUCUCUCGGGUAAUUACAGUGGUGUUCCGAUGGAGCAGAGAAUCGUUGUUGGUCCACCACAGCUGAGACAACAGGUGAAGAAGAGUCGAAGAGGACCUAGGUCCCGGAGUUCCCAAUACCGCGGUGUCACAUUCUAUCGGAGAACUGGACGAUGGGAAUCUCACAUCUGGGAUUGUGGGAAACAAGUUUAUUUAGGGGGAUUUGACACUGCACAUGCUGCUGCUAGGGCAUAUGAUCGUGCUGCGAUUAAAUUUAGAGGACUUGAUGCAGAUAUCAAUUUCAAUGUCAGUGAUUAUCAUGAUGAUUUAAAGCAGAUGGGGAACUUUUCUAAGGAAGAGUUUGUGCACAUACUUCGACGACAGAGCACUGGUUUCUCUAGAGGAAGUUCAAAAUACAGGGGAGUUACGUUGCACAAAUGUGGACGAUGGGAAGCUCGGAUGGGGCAGUUUCUUGGAAAGAAGGCGUACGAUAAGGCUGCUAUAAAAUGCAAUGGAAGGGAGGCAGUCACCAAUUUUGAGCUAAGCACAUAUGAAGGUGAAUUAAGUACUGAGGCUGAUAAUGGAGGUGCAGACCAUAAUCUUGAUCUAAACUUGGGAAUAGCCCCCUCUGUAUCCGCUGAUGACCAGGGUGGCAACACCUGCCAAACGGGAAACUAUGUAGUCCAGUGUGCCUCAAAUGGUUUGCCUGGAUAUAGAGGAGCCAUGAACAUUCCUACUACCACAAUGGGAGGUAAACUGCUUCACGGCCAUCAACUGCUAACUGAUCGCCCUCUGCUCUGGAACGGAGUGAACACCGGUAUCUUUCCCACAUUGAAGGGAACAGCAUUAGGGAAGGGUAUAGAAGUUGAUUCUUCACCAAAUUGGACGCGGCAAGACCAACAUCCUUAUUGCGGGAGUCCUUCAGUGCCACUCUUCUCUACUGCAGCAUCAUCAGGAUUCGCUAAUACAACUACAGCUGCUGCUCAGCUACCCUGCUUUUCCAAUGGAAAAUUACCUUACCAGCAUUCACCAUCACUUGCCAAUAUGAACUUUGCGCAUUAUUACUGCAGGAGCUGAAGCGUAGUUAGCUAUUAGAUCAAAAGUACCUAGGCGAUAUCUUUUCUGGAUAUUGAAUUCUAGUUUCCUUCCUUAGGAAUGAGCCAGUAUGAAACUUGAUAAAUUUGCUGUACAAAAAGUUUCAGAACAGCAUUUUUUACAUUGCUUCGACAACUCUGACUAUUAUUGAGAAUAUUCAUUUGGAGCUUCUUGCUCAAUCAUGUUCUUUCAUAU